UUAGGUUUGCAUCAGCAAAUCCAGUCUCGCGACGGGUUCCGAGAGUCAAGAGUCUUAAACACAGGACCGCAACGUUUUCUCGGCACAUUUAGAAAGUUGCUGGUAUACCCCACUUAUAGGAGAGUUGCACGCGGCAGCCCAACUUUCCGGAAUUGAGUCUCCCGACAGUUAUCCAACAAACCCCUCUACUAUGGUGUCACAUACUGAGCGAAUUCGCCCCGAUCUUGGGGCGGACGCUCUAGCACAAGCGCAGUGGGCGGAGAAAAAAUGGGUAUGGGUGAGCGACAAGGAGGAAGGGUACAUUGCGGGUUCGAUUGUGAGCGAGGAUGGGGACAACGUUUUGGUAGCACUACUGAAUGAUACACAACGAACAGUCAAUAUUAAUGAUACCGAAAAAAUGAAUCCGCCAAAGUUUGACAAAGCGGAAGAUAUGGCGGAUUUGACAUACUUGAAUGAAGCUUCCGUCGUUCAUAAUCUGAGGCUUCGGUACCUCUCAAACCUGAUCUAUACAUACUCUGGACUCUUUCUGGUGGCUGUCAACCCGUACAAGAGACUUCCCAUCUACACGGACGACAUCAUCAAGGGAUAUAAGGGCAAAAAAAGGAGUGAGAUGCCCCCUCACAUCUACGCCAUUUCAGAUGCCGCAUAUCACGACAUGACCCAGGACAGAGAAAACCAGUCUAUUCUCAUCACAGGUGAAUCAGGCGCUGGAAAGACCGAAAACACCAAGAAGGUCAUUCAAUACCUUGCGUCCAUUGCGAGCACCAGCGGAAGCGGCAAAUCCCUAGGAACUCUUGAGCAGCAGAUUCUCCAAGCAAACCCUAUUCUUGAGUCAUUUGGUAAUGCUCAAACCAUCCGCAACAACAACUCCUCUCGAUUUGGAAAGUUCAUUCGGAUCGAAUUCAACACAACUGGACACAUUGCGGGUGCGAAUAUCGAGUGGUAUCUUCUCGAGAAGUCUCGCGUGACGCACCAGACAUCCAAAGAGAGGAAUUAUCACAUCUAUUAUCAACUUCUCAAAGGAGCGCCUGCCGAUGUGAAGGAAAAGCUCCUGCUUGAUGGAAACCUUGCAUCUUAUCGCUUUACUAAAGGCUCCAACCAUAAUAUUGAAGGAGUCGAUGAUGCCGCAGAAUUCAAGAUGCUUCGUGACGCUUUGGAUAUCAUGAAGAUCUCCCCAGAUGAGCAAAUGGACCUGUUCAAGAUCAUCGCGGCCAUUCUUCACCUUGGAAACAUCACCUUCACUGCAGACAGGGAAGAUCAGGCACAGCUUUCAGGCGAGGCAGCCCAGUCAGCUUGCGAAAAGGUCUGCCAUGUCUUGGGGAUUCCUGUCGCCGAAUUUGCCAAGAGUUUGCUGAAGCCCAAGAUCAAAGCUGGUCGAGACUGGGUUACUCAGGCGAGGAAUGUAGAGCAAGUAUUGUAUUCUAUUGAAGCUCUGUCAAGGUCCUUGUAUGAGCGCAUGUUUGGAAAAUUGGUUGAGCGAAUUAAUGCCGCUAUCUACACUCCCUCAUCAAAAUCCACAUUCAUUGGCGUGUUGGAUAUUGCAGGUUUUGAGAUCUUUGAGCACAACAGCUUCGAACAGCUCUGCAUCAACUACACCAACGAACGUCUUCAACAAUUCUUCAAUCACCAUAUGUUUAUCCUUGAGCAGGAGGAGUACCGCCGUGAAGGCAUUGAAUGGAAAUUCAUCGACUUUGGUCUCGACCUCCAGCCCACUAUUGACCUCAUUGAGAAGACAUCGCCAAUUGGUAUCCUUUCCUGCUUGGAUGAGGAAUGUGUCAUGCCCAAAGCCACCGACAAAACGUUUAUCGAAAAGCUAAACGGAAUAUGGAAGGGCAAAUCGGCCAAGUACGAAACACCCAGAUUCAAUCAAGGGUUCAUUCUCCAGCACUACGCAGGAAAGGUCGAGUACAACACCGCAGGCUGGUUGGACAAGAACAAAGACCCAUUGAACGAGAAUGUCACGCGAUUAUUGGCGAAUUCAACGGACAAGUACAUUGGGUCCUUGUUUACAGAGUAUUUGGCAGAGGCCGAGGACAACGUCAAGACCAGAGGAGUUACAAAGAAGGGUGCUUUCCGAACCGUUGCUCAGAGACAUAAAGAGCAACUCAAUUCUUUGAUGAAUACUUUAUACUCGACGGAACCCCACUUUGUUCGUUGUAUCAUUCCGAAUGAGGAGAAACGCCCUGGUAAACUAAAUGUAAACCUAGUUCUCGAUCAAUUACGCUGCAACGGUGUUUUGGAAGGGAUCCGUAUUUGCCGAGCUGGUUUCCCCAACCGACUUCCCUUCGCCGACUUCCGUCAGCGGUAUGAGCUCCUCGCCUCAGGAGUAAUUCCCCGAGGUUUCAUGGAUGGCCGCCAAGCUGCUCAACUACUCCUCGAAACACUCGCUCUUGAUAAGAACCAGUACCGUCUCGGAAGCAGCAAAGUUUUCUUCCGCGCAGGAGUGCUGGCCGAGCUGGAAGAGCGACGGGACGUACAAUUGUCCAGGAUCGUAACGCGCAUUCAAGCGCUUAUGAGAGGGUACCUUGCUCGCAAAUUGUAUAAGAAACGCAUCGACCAGUUCCGGGCUAUCCGCAUCAUUCAAAAGAAUGCCCGUGUUUAUGUGACAUUGCGGGAGUGGUCAUGGUGGCGAUUGUAUACCAAGGUCAAGCCUCUAUUGGCUGUGACGCGCACAGAUGAAGAGCUGCGUAAACGGGAAGAGCUUGCCAAAGAAUGGGAGGAGAAGGCCAAGAAGGAACAGGAAGAGCGGCUGAAGCUUGAGGCGGCUCGCAGCGCUCUUGAUACUGAGAAAAAGCGCUUGGAAGACAUGCUUAUCGACGAGAAGAACGCCGCAGCUAACCAGGCUGAGAUUCUUGCCCGUGUGCAGGAGCGUGAAGCCGCUCUCUCCGAACAAUUGAAGGAAGCUUCGGCCGAUCUUGAAGAACGUGAGGCUGCCAAUGAAGAGCUGAGCAAGGAGAAAAGAAAACUGGAAGGAGGCAUCAGUGAGCUGCGUGGACAGCUUGAGCAAGAGCGCGCUAAUCUGGACAGGCUUGAAAAAGAGAAGCAGGCUCGGGAGCAGCGUAUCAAGGAGUUGGAGGAUGAGCUUAGGAAUGACUCGGAAAGGAUUCAAAAAUUGGAAACUGACCGGAAAUCGCUGGAAUAUCAGUUGGCUGAAUUUCAGCGUCAACUUGAAAGCGCUGGAGAUAGCCAGGUUGACCUUAACCGGCAACAAACUAAGCUCAAAACAACAAUUGCUGAGCUCGAGCAGAAAUUGGAACAAGAGCAGGAUGAUCGACAGAAGCUCGACCACCGCCGAUCCGCCCUUGAAGCAGAUCUUCGCACGGCCCAAGAAAACGUUGCUGAGCUCCAACGAGUGCGCGCUGAACUCGAAAGUACAAUCAAGAAGCGCGAGCACGAGUUGGCAGAACUCAAUGAGCGUCUUCGUGUUGAAAGUACCGAAAAGGAAAGCGUCGACAAACAAAGACGUGACCUGCAACUCAAGCUCAACAGCGCACAAGGCGACCUGGAAACGGAGCGCGGAGAACGUGAGAAGCUAGUCAAACAGCGCAAGAAGCUGGAGGAGGAGCUUGAGUCCCUUCGCCACAUGAUGGAGGCCAAGGGCACUGAGGAGACGAAACAGACAGAAUUGCGCCGCCUUCGCGAGACCGAAGUUCAGGAUCUCAAAUCGCAACUCAGCGCCUCGCAAGCCGAACUGGAUGACACAAGGAAAAAAACGCAACAAGUCAUUGACAAGUUGCGCAUGGAGCUUGACGCUGCACGAGAAGAUUCCGCCAAUAUCAGCAAAGCCAAGUCGGCUAUAGAAAGGGAUUUGAACAACAUGAGGGAAGAGGUUGAAAAAAGCGAAGAAACGCGCGCCAGAUUGGAGAAGAAUAGGCGUCAGGUCGAAGGUGAUCUGAUUUCCCUUAGAUCCCGUGCUGAGGACGCAGAGGCAGCUUUAUCCGAGGUUAAAGCACAGAAGGAGGCUCUUGAAAGACAGAUUGCUGUCUUGCAGGCCCGCGUUGACGAGAGCGAGGCAACCAAUGCACGCCUGGACAGGGAGAGACAGAGCCUGCAGAAGCAGGCGGAUGCCCUCCGUGAUGAUUUAGAGGAUGAAGUCAAGAAGCGUACUCAUGUCGAAAGCCAGAAGAAGAAGGUCACAAUGGAACUGGCUGAUUUACAGGCUCGCUUGGACGAGGAAGAGAACAACAAAGCUGACGUUGCAAAGCGCCUGGCUAGUAAGACGUCCGAGCUGGAUGCACUCAAAGACAAGUUCAACAAAGAAGUUGCCGGCCGUAGUGCAGAACUUGAGGAAGCACGGACAAAACUGCAAAAGGAACUCGCAGACCUCCAGCAACGAUAUGAUGAGCUGGACCGCAAUUCCGCCAACCUCGAGAAAACUAAAGCUCGUCUCACCGCCGAAACGGAGGACUUGCGCAUUGAGAUUGAGCGUGAGCACAAUGCGGCAAGAAACGCUGAGCGACUGCUCAAGCAGGUCGAGUCCCAGCUUAGCACAACAAACCUUACUCUUGAGAAUGAGCGGCGCCAAAGGGAGCUUGCAGAGUCCAAUGGAAGAAAACUCCAAAGCACCAUCGACUCCCUGCAACUAGAGGUAGACGAAAAGAUUCACCAAAUGGCCGGUAUACAGAAGAGUAAGAAUGAGCUGGAAACAGAACUCAAAGCGUUGAUUGACGAAAUCGGCGAUGGUGGCAAGAAUGUCCAUGAGCUGGAGAAAGCUAAGCGGCGUCUAGAAUCUCGCAUUGAUGAGUUGCAAGGACAAUUGGAGGAAGAAGAGACUAUUCGUAGAAAGGUUGAGGAGGCCAAACAAAGUCUUGAAAUACAAUUGAGCGACUACCGGAAGCGGAUGGAAGCAGAUCUGCUCACAAAAGAUUCUCAAAUGGAGGAGACUCGUCGCAUGCUCAUGCGGGAGGUAAACUCACUUGGAGAGCAGCUAGACGAAACGACCAACCAAAAGAAUGAGCUGCUGAAAUCCAAAAAGAGACUUGAGGAGCAGGUUGAAGAUCUCAUGUCGCGCGCCGAAAACUCAGUGAAGGGCCAGACCGAUCUUCAAAAGGCCAAGACUAAGACGGAAGCUCAGUUGCGCGAGCUGCACCUCAAGUUGGAGGAGGAGGAGCGUAACCGCAGGAAUUUUGAGGAAUUGAGCCAGCGCCAUGAAAAGAAAGCCAAUUCCCUUCAGAGUGAGAUUGAGAGACUGGAAGGUCUUUUGGACAGCAGCGAACGUACACGGAAGCAGCUCGAGCGUAAGGUGGAAGAGUUGCACAAUGAACUCGAAGGUGGCGAUGACAGCAAAGCUGCGCUCGGGGAAGCCAAAAAGAGACUUGAAAAGGAGCUGCAGAGGUUGCAAGCUAAGCUCGAAGAAUCCGAGGAAGCCCGUGCCGCACUUGAAGCUGCCAGGAUUUCAAACUCUAGUGAACUAGAAGCGUUACGGUCUCGGGCGCGCGAUGAUCUUGAUAGCAAGAUCGAGAAACUCGAAGAGUCAAGAAGAGCUCUGCUUGCCGCUCAGAGGUUGACAACUCAGGAGUUGGAUGAUAAGAAUAAGGACAUUACCAAUUUGGAAAAGCAGCGACGAUUGCUUCAGUCGGAGAUCGAUGAGCUCAAGAGCAGAUUAGAAGCAGAAGUGAUUGCGAAGAGUGACGAGGGUGCCGCUCGUCGAAAGCUGGCCGCGGAGCUUAAAGAACUGCAACUUAAGCUUGACGCUGAGACUGCCAAAUCGAAUGACCUCUCUGAGUCUCUUGCCAUGCACCGCGCGAGGGCUGACCAGACUCUUACUAAGCUUGAAGCAGCCGAGCUGGCUCGCAUUAAGGCUGAGAAGAGCGAGAGCUCCUACCGAAUCCAGAUAAAUGAACUGGAGGACAGCCUCAAUGAGGCCCUCAAGGAACGUAAGUUGGCUGAGGACAAAGUGAGGAGUCUGGAGGAGCAAGUGAUUGAUCUGCAGGACAAGAUGGAGGAAGACUCGCACGAGCUUGCAGAUCUCGCCGUUGUGAAGCGUAAGCUCCAGGAAGAGAUCGAAGCCUUGCAUGAGAGGCACAGGAGGGAAUUGGAAGAGCGUGAGUUGGUGGUAGAUGCGACACGCAAGAAGUACCAGAAAGAGAUUAAACAGCUCAUGACUGAACUCGAAAUUGAGAAGAGUAAUGCGGUUAACCUCAAAGCAACCGCAAAGGACUUGGAGACAGAUCUCGAGUCCGUUUCCAACCGCCUCGAGGAAGAGCUUCGCAGUGCUACAAACUGGAAAAAGGACCGAGAGCGAAUGGAAGCCAAGCUCGAAGACCUUAAUCGCGCUUACAACGACUCCCUCAACACCUACGAUGAUCUCCAAUCCCAAAUCACCGGUCUCCUCAACCAAGUUCGUGAUCUACGGUCAUCAUUGGACGAUUCAGAGGCGCAACGAUCGCUACUGGAGAAGACAAAGAGGACACUCGAAGCACGUGUCGAAGAGCUCAGCGAAAGUUACGAUGAUACAGCUCGUGGACGUGCUGAUAUUCAACGAUCCAUGCAAGCCCUUGAUCAAGAUAAUGCCGACCUCCGGGACCAACUUGAGGAAUACCAGGACAGAGCACGAACCGCAGAGGAUCGGGCCAGAAGAGCCGAGCAAUUUGCCAAUGAAAUUUCCGGAGAUCUUUCAAAAGAAAAAGACCGAGCACUCUCAAUGGAAAAGGAGAAGGUUGCAUUGGAUAAGACUAUUAAAGAGCUCAAUGCUCGCAUCGUUGAUCUUGAAAGCACUGCUCUACAGCGUGAUGCUGGACAUGUGAAAAGACUUGAGGCACGCCUUGAAGAGUUGAGUGCAGCCUUGGAUGCUGAGACCAAAGAAAAGAAUGAGGUUGCGAAGAACGCAAGAAAAACCGAUCGCGUCAUUCGGGAGCUGCAAUUCCAGUUGCAGGAGAAGGAUAAGCAAAAGCAAAGAAAUGACGAGGAAAUGGAGAAGAUGGAGCAAAAGAUGAAGAGGAUGAAAACACAGCUGGACGAGUUGGAAACAUCCGAAAGUAACCUCCAACUCUCUAAGCGUCGCGCUGAACGCGAAGCAAAUGAGUACAGAGAUCGUGCACUGCGCUUUGAGAAAGAAGUGGAAAAGCUCAAGAUGCGCAUAGACCGUACAACAUCUGCUACUGGGUUUUAGAGCAAGGAGGAUAUAUCUAGUUGCAUUUAUUACGGGUUGUAGUGAAUGGUUUUUUGUGUGUGUCCGCGUUGGGGGGGAUAAUCCGCCGUCAGUAUCAUUAACUGUCAAGUUCUAAUCAAUAUAUUGCUUGUAUCAAGAAAAACUGUUCGUC